AUGGAUCCCAACGACACCAAACCAAACCUGAACGGCUCACCCAACAGUGAACCCAACACAAAGAUCGCGGCAGCCGCCGCCAAAUUCUUCAGUGAUCACCCCAAUAUCCGCUUUGUUCGUUUUCAGUGGCAAGAUCAUUCUGGUCUCUUGCGAGGUCGCAUAAUUCCUCUUGAGCAUGCACUUGCGAUAGCAGCAGGAGAACGGCCGUUACGCGUGGGACCAGUGGCCUUCCACGGCGUCGUAGACAACAGUCUGCUGCCGAGCACCGAUUUCAAGGGCAACGAUGUGCUUGUGACCGAUUGGACAUCGCUACGGACACGGCAACGACUAGAUCCCUUGUAUGCCAGCGUCAUGUGUCAGGUUGUCAAGCACGUCCCCUACCUGCCUCAGCCAAACUGGGAUCUCUGUCCACGGCGGGCCUUGGAGGCGGUCGUGGAAAAAGCAAAGCGGACGCUCCAUGUUGACUUCCUUGUCGGGUUCGAGGUUGAGUUUGAAAUCAUGAAAGCCACGGACGAAGGAGGGUAUAUUCCUUAUGCCAAAAGCCUAGGCAACUUUGUGGUAUCCUCGUAUCGUGAUCCUUGCUUCGCAUAUAUAGAGGAAGCUGUUGUGGCACUGAUGGAUGCUGGGGCCAAAAUCGACGCAUUCCAGAGCGAGGGUAAACGGGGGCAAUACGAAAUCACGCUGGGGCCGCUCCAUCCUGUGCAAGCUGUUGACCAGUUAAUCCUGGUCCAUGAUACCCUCAAGCACAUAUUUGCCCGUCACGGACUGGUAGCCACCAUGUCACCACGCCCUUUGCCAUCGCGACGGCAAUCGUCGGGACAACAUGCCCAUAUCAGCAUCAAUCCGCCGCAUGAUGAGGAAUCUUUCUUGGCCGGUAUGCUGCAGAGGCUUCCACAGCUUUGUGCCUUUGGUCUUCCUUACGAAAUAUCCUAUGAACGCGUGAAGCCUGUAUUUGCCGGCAACAUGGUGUCUUGGGGCACCGAAGACCGCACAGUACCUAUACGGAAAGUCAAGGCCGGCCACUGGGAAUUUCGUUCCCUUGAUGCCACGGCCAAUAUGUAUCUUGCUUUAGCAGCAAUACUGAGCGCUGGCAUGAUUGGAUGUGUUAAAAAGGAGCCUCUGUUGCUAAAGGACUCCGGGAUCAAUACUGAAGCGGAUGGUAAAUUCGGCGAAAUGUUGCCACAAAGCAUUGAUGAAGCCCUUGGCCGGCUGGAAAUGACGUUUGAAGAGCUUGAGGUUAUGAUGGAAAGCAAAAUAAUCCGACACUAUCUCCAGGUGAAGAAAUAUGAAGCAUCACUGGUUCGGGACAUGGGAACACAAGCAGCUCGGGAUAUUCUGAUUGAGCUUUUCUAG